AUGCAGGAUGAGCUGCUCCUGGGGUCUCAGCCCCCACCAGGAUUUAAACAAGCGGAUGAGCUGCUCCUGGGGGUGACACGGCAGCAGCAGCCAGGCAGCGAGAGGCUGGGCAGCAGCCCCGCACCAGGACACCCCCCUCUCGGCCACCCCUCCUCUGACUUUAAACCCAGUCUCAGCCCCCACCAGGAUUUAAACAAGCAGCAACCGCAGCAGCAACAGCCGCCGCCUCCUCAGCUGAGCCAGAAGAGGAAAGAGUUUAAGCAGCAGCAGCUCAGCAGCCCAGCCCAGCUCGGCAGCAGCCACCCCCUGAAUAACCACCACCCCCCAGACUAUCAUCACCACCCCCCUCAGCAGCAGCAGCAGCAGUUCAGCCACCCCACUGACAAGUACCAGCAGCAGGAGCACAGGCAACAGCAGCAGCUCCAGCUCCUCAGCGCUCACCCCCCGGAGCCGCCGCGGACGGGGGACUACCCGCACCACCGGCCCCACAACCCCGCCGAGCACAAGGGAGUUUCACGUGAAAACAUCCCCCUUGCCUACCCGCAGUCGCCCCCUCUUCUGAAGCAGUCGCCCUGGAGCAAUCAGAGUAGCGGCUGGAGCACAGGAAAUAUAUCCUGGGGAGGAAUGCAUGGCAGAGACCAUCGUAGAACUGGAAACAUGGGAAUUCCAGGAACUAUGAACCAGAUCUCUCCUUUGAAGAAGCCCUUUUCUGGUAAUGUCAUAGCUCCUCCUAAAUUUACUCGCUCCACUCCAUCACUGACACCAAAAUCGUGGAUUGAAGAUAAUGUUUUCCGAACUGACAACAACAGUAAUACUCUCCUUCCUUUGCAGGAUCGAAAUAGAAUGUAUGACAGUCUGAAUAUGCACUCUUUGGAAAACUCCCUUAUUGACAUUAUGAGAGCAGAGCAUGAUCCACUUAAAGGUCGCUUGAGUUAUCCACAUCCAGGGACUGACAAUCUUCUGAUGUUAAAUGCGAGGAGUUAUGGGCGAAGACGAGGCCGUUCUUCCCUCUUCCCAAUAGAUGAUGGUUUGCUGGACGAUGGUCAUAGUGAUCAAGUUGGAGUCUUGAAUUCACCUACCUGCUAUUCAGCUCAUCAGAAUGGAGAACGAAUUGAGCGUUUUUCUCGGAAAGUGUUUGUUGGAGGUCUUCCACCAGACAUUGAUGAAGAUGAAAUUACUGCUAGCUUCAGACGAUUUGGGCCUUUGGUAGUAGACUGGCCUCACAAAGCAGAAAGCAAGUCCUAUUUUCCACCAAAAGGUUAUGCGUUCCUCCUGUUCCAAGAAGAAAGUUCUGUCCAGGCCCUGAUUGACGCCUGCAUUGAAGAAGAUGGAAAGCUCUAUCUAUGUGUUUCCAGUCCUACUAUCAAGGACAAGCCAGUUCAGAUCCGUCCCUGGAAUCUAAGUGAUAGUGACUUUGUGAUGGAUGGUUCCCAGCCGCUUGAUCCUCGAAAAACAAUUUUUGUUGGAGGAGUCCCUAGACCAUUAAGAGCUGUGGAAUUGGCUAUGAUCAUGGACCGUCUUUAUGGUGGAGUUUGUUACGCAGGAAUUGAUACUGACCCUGAGCUGAAAUACCCAAAAGGUGCUGGACGUGUUGCUUUUUCCAAUCAGCAGAGUUACAUUGCUGCCAUCAGUGCUCGGUUUGUUCAACUUCAGCAUGGCGAUAUUGAUAAACGAGUGGAGGUAAAGCCAUAUGUGUUGGAUGACCAGAUGUGUGACGAAUGCCAGGGUGCACGAUGCGGUGGAAAGUUUGCUCCUUUCUUUUGUGCCAAUGUCACUUGCCUGCAGUAUUACUGUGAGUUUUGUUGGGCAAAUAUCCACUCUCGUGCAGGACGUGAAUUCCAUAAGCCAUUGGUAAAGGAGGGGGCUGACCGCCCACGUCAGAUCCACUUCCGCUGGAAUUAAACAUGGUGAACCAGCAUCUACAUAAGGAAAGAAGGGUGCAUGUGGCUUACUGUGUUUGAAGAUACCGACAUGCAGAAGAAAUAAGUGCAUUCUUCUGCUUUUCACCCCAGCUAUCAAUACAUGCAUCUUUAUCAGCAGCCAAAACACUACAAGCCUCUUGUUUUUCACCAAAACCCUACAUCUCAGGCUUACUAAUUUUUGUGAUAUUUUCAUGUUAAAAU